AUGGGGAUCCGCACCCCCAUGAGCGUGCUGCUCUCUCCCCUAGGAGAGCAGGGAUGGAUCCCGGAUUUCCUUCCCCGCGGCUCUGGCAUCGUCACUCGCCGGCCUCUCAUCCUGCAGCUCAUCUUCUCCAAGACGGAGUAUGCCGAGUUCCUGCACUGCAAAUCCAAGAAGUUCACGGAUUUCGACGAGGUCCGGCAGGAGAUCGAGGCCGAGACCGACCGCCUGACGGGCACCAACAAGGGCAUCUCCCCCGUGCCCAUCAACCUGCGCGUGUACUCCCCGCACGUGCUGAACCUGACCCUGAUCGACCUGCCGGGGAUCACCAAGGUGCCGGUGGGGGAUCAGCCGCAGGACAUCGAGUUCCAGAUCCGGGACAUGAUCCUGCAGUUCAUCAGCCGGGAGAGCAGCCUCAUCCUGGCCGUCACGCCGGCCAACAUGGACCUGGCCAACUCGGACGCGCUCAAGAUGGCCAAGGAAGUGGAUCCGCAGGGCCUGAGGACCAUCGGGGUCAUCACCAAGCUGGACCUGAUGGACGAAGGCACCGACGCCCGCGACGUGCUGGAGAACAAACUGCUGCCCCUGCGGAGAGGCUACAUCGGGGUGGUGAACCGGAGCCAGAAGGACAUCGACGGCAAGAAGGACAUCCGCGCCGCGCUGGCGGCCGAGCGCAAAUUCUUCCUGUCCCACCCGGCCUACCGGCACAUGGCCGAGCGCAUGGGCACCCCGCACCUGCAGCGGGUGCUCAACCAGAUGGAAUUUGAUGAGAAGGAUUUGAGGCGGGAGAUCAGCUACGCCAUCAAGAACAUCCACGGGGUGAGGACGGGGCUGUUCACGCCGGACCUGGCCUUCGAGGCCAUCGUGAAGAAGCAGGUGGUGAAGCUGAAGGAGCCGUGCCUGAAAUGUGUGGACUUGGUGAUCCAGGAGCUGAUCAACACCGUGCGCCAGUGCACCAGUAAGGUACUGGUCAGCCCAGUAAUGCGGGAGGAGACCGAGCGCAUCGUCACCACCCACAUCCGAGAGCGCGAGGGCAAAACCAAGGACCAGAUCCUGCUGCUCAUCGACAUCGAGCUCUCCUACAUCAACACCAACCACGAGGAUUUCAUCGGCUUCGCCAACGCUCAGCAACGGAACACGCAGCCCAACAAGAAGAGAGCGAUCCCCAACCAGGGGGAGAUCCUGGUGAUCCGCCGGGGCUGGUUGACCAUCAACAACAUCAGCAUCAUGAAGGGCGGCUCCAAGGAAUAUUGGUUCGUGCUCACGGCCGAGUCGCUCUCCUGGUACAAGGACGAGGAGGAAAAGGAGAAGAAGUUCAUGCUGCCCCUGGAUAAUCUGAAAAUCCGGGAUGUGGAGAAGGGAUUCAUGUCCACCAAGCACAUCUUCGCCAUCUUCAACACGGAGCAGAGGAAUGUCUACAAGGAUCUGCGGCAGAUCGAGCUGGCCUGCGAUUCCCAGGAGGACGUGGACAGCUGGAAAGCCUCGUUCCUGCGGGCCGGAGUUUAUCCCGAGAAGGACCAGACGGAGAGCGAGGAGGGCGCCCAGGAAAACACCUUUUCCAUGGAUCCGCAGCUGGAGAGGCAGGUGGAGACCAUCCGGAACCUGGUGGAUUCCUACGUUGGGAUCAUCAACAAAUCCAUCCGGGACCUCAUGCCAAAGACCAUCAUGCACCUCAUGAUCAAUAAUACCAAGGAUUUCAUCCACUCGGAGCUCCUGGCUUUCCUCUACUCCUCGGGCGACCAGAGCAGCCUGAUGGAGGAGUCGGCCGAGCAGGCGCAGCGGCGCGACGAGGUGCUGCGCACGUUCCACGCGCUGCGCGAGGCGCUGGCCGUCAUCGGCGACAUCGGCGCCAGCACCGUGUCCACGCCCGUGCCCCCGCCCGUGGACGACACCUGGCUGCAGCCCGCCGCCGGCCACAGCCCCCCGCCGCAGCGCCGGCCGCCCUCGGCGCUGCCUCCUCCGGGCCGCCCUCCGUCGCUGCGGGCACCGGCCCCGGGGCCGCCGCCGCUGCCCGGGGGGGCACCGCCCGCCUUCGCCGCGCCGCCCAUCCCGUCCCGCCUCGGCCCCUUCGCCGCCGCCGCCGCCGCCGAGCCGUUCGGCGCCCCGCCCCAGAUCCCCGCCCGGCCCGCCCGCGUCCCGCCCGGCAUCCCGCCCGGCGUGCCCCGGAGGCCCCCGGCGGCCCCGAGCCGCCCGACCAUCAUCCGCCCGGCCGAGCCCUCCCUGCUGGAUUAACCGCGGGAUCCGCCGGAUCCUCGGGAUCCAGCCCGGCCACCGCCCCCGGCACCGGGAGAAACGGGGGAAAAACGGGAAAAAACGGGAAAAAAUGGGGGAAAGGCAACCCAGAGACACACAGAGCCAGCCCGGAGCUGAUCCUGAUCCCUGAUCCCGGGGCUGAUCCUGAUCCCUGAUCCCAAAUCCCGGGACUGAUCCUGAUCCCUGAUCCCGAAUCCCGGGACUGAUCCUGAUCCCAGGGCUGACCCCAGAUCCUGGGAC